GCUUCCUGUCGGCCGCGUCCUAUUUGUUUGGACCGGCUUGUGGGGAGGAGGGGAAGCUUGUUUGCAGUGAAGGGUCCCCGGGCUCGGCAGGCUAAACGGUGGUGAGGCUCUCCCCAGAGACACUCAUCCGCAGCCUGUGCACGGCCCAGCCUUCUCUCUCCAGCUGCCACCCGACCUGGAGGCACUUGCCUCCGCCCUCCCGAAUGGUGCGCCUCCUCGCAGGCCUCGGCCCAGGAUCCAGGCCCCCUUUGCCCCCUGCCUCGGAGCAGCAGCUCCGGGUCCUUCCUGGUGGGCUCCCUGUGGCUGGGAGGGAAGAACUUUUGCACAGACGAGGCCGUAGCUCUAGGAACCCCGCUGACGACUUGAAUCUCGGCCUUUAACCGCCUGUGAGGUUCUUCCUGUGCCCCUUUACCAGUCUUUGAGAAGAGAGCCCUUCUUGCCAUCCAGAGCCCAGGAAGCCCCAAGCUGGGGCCCUGAUCCCAGCAUGUUCAUCCUGUCUUGUGCAUAGGGCUGUGCCCUCUCCAGGUGGGCAUGUCUGAGCUCAGGCAGGUUCCAGGGGGGCGGGAGACCCCCCAGGGGGAGCUGCGGCCAGACGUUGUAGAGGAUGAAGUUCCUCCCAGCCCAGUGGCAGAGGAGUCCCUAGGCGGUGGGAGCAGCAGUAGUGAGGCCAAAUUGUCCCCAAGAGAAGAUGAAGAACUGGACCCUAGAAUACAGGAGGAGUUGGAGCAGCUGAACCAGGCCAGCGAAGACAUCAACCAAGCAGAGCUGCAGCUGGAUGAGGCCAGGACCACCUAUCGGAAGACCCUGCAGGAGUCUGCGAGGAAACUCAACACGCAGGGCUCCCACUUGGGGAGCUGCAUUGAGAAGGCCCGGCCCUACUAUGAGGCCCGGCGGCUGGCCAAAGAGGCCCAGCAGGAGACACAGAAGGCGGCCCUGCGGUACGAGCGGGCCGUGAGCAUGCACAAUGCUGCCCGGGAGAUGGUGUUUGUGGCCGAGCAGGGCGUCAUGGCCGAUAAGAACCGGCUGGACCCUACAUGGCAGGAGAUGCUCAACCACGCCACCUGCAAGGUGAACGAGGCGGAGGAGGAGCGGCUUCGUGGUGAGCGGGAACACCAGCGGGUGACACGGCUGUGCCAGCAGGCAGAGGCACGGGUGCAGGCCCUGCAGAAGACCCUCCGGCGCGCCAUUGGCAAGAGCCGACCCUACUUUGAGCUGAAGGCCCAGUUCAGCCAGAUCCUGGAGGAGCAUAAGGCCAGGGUCACAGAGCUGGAGCAGCAGGUGGCCCAGGCCAAGACCCGCUACUCCGUCGCCCUGCGCAACCUGGAGCAGAUCAGCGAGCAGAUCCACGCGCGGCGCCGCGGCCUGCCCGCUGAGCUCCCAGGCCCGCGGCGCACCUCCCCGGUGGGUGCUGAGGCUGUGCCGAAUGGCAGCGAGGACAGGGACAGCGGGAUACUUGAAGGGGCCGAGGGUGGGGCACCAGAGGACGGUGGCCUGGGGUCCAGGCCCACCCCCGACGCGGACACCUGGAGCCUGCUGAGCCUGCGCACCGUGGCCUCUGACCUGCAGAAGUGCGACUCAGUGGAGCACCUGCGGGGCUUGUCGGACCACGCCAGCCUAGACGGCCAGGAGCUGGGGCCCCGGAGUGGGAGCCGUGGGGGCCGCCACCAGCGCAGCAUCAGCUUGUAGCCUGGCUCAGGGUGGCCAUCGUAGGCGAGGAGACUCCUGAUUCCUGUCCUGGGCCCUCCCUUCCCCUGCAGAGAUCCAGUGGGCUGUAUCAACUCUGUCAGUUCUGCACCCCCCGCCCCACCCCACACCCCCCCAAGAUAUGGCAGUGACAGCUCCUUUAGGCUUGUCUCUGGCCCUUCCGUUUUCCUCCUGGUUCCUCACAGUCUGUCCACAUCCUUUCCUGCUUCAUUCUGACUCCGGUCCUUUAAUCUGGCCAUCCCCCUCAGGGAACUUGGUCCAGAAGGCACUGGGAGGCCCAUCCCAGGUGGGUGCUGGACCUGAGUGAAUGGAUGGGUUCCAUCCCAAGGGCUCUAGGGAUGUGGCAGAGCCCUCCUGGCAGUCCUGUGUUCUGUCCCAGCCUGCCCAUGUGUAACCUGCAACAUUCCUCUGGAGACACCACCCCAGUCCUUUCCACGCUCCUUGCUCAUAACCUAGGCCUCUGUGUGUCCCUCAGUGGGAACCGAAGGUGAAACUCAACCCCAGUGUCAAUGGGGAUAUCACCAACUCUACACAGGCUCCCGUGUGCAUGGCGUUUACCUAACAGGGCUGGGCCCUUCAUGUCUCCAAGGUGCUAUUGGGCCUAUAAUGGUCCUUGGAGGUGGAGAUGUUAAGGAGGUGCUGGUGGCUGAGGCCCUGGCCAGCUCUGCUGCAGAGUAGGCUGUACUAUUCUGGGUAGAGGUUGCUGAGCCCAAUCUCGGCACCUCCUGCAGGACAGAGGGGAAUCUGGUGCUCUUCUCCCAACCAAACCAUCUAACCCAGGGUCCCUUGGGGAAUGAUCAGGUGUGGCUGUCCAGCUCCCUGAAUGUGGGGAGGGGACCUGCACUCUGCAAGGAGCAGCUCCAGUAUCUGGUGGUGCUGCCAGGUGGUGUGAGUGUGUUCGGGGGAAGGUGGGGGAAGCCACACCGGGUCUGGGUGCCUUGGGGAACUGGUCCUUCUGUCUCACCCUGGGAGGGCUGAUAGCUGGACUCUGGGCAGGAGGGCUCAUGCCUAGGCCUGUGUGCACUGCCAUCAAUGGGAGCAGUGGGCCCUCAUGUGGAGGGUGUCUCCCUGAUACGGGGUUCAGGCAGGAUGGUCACAAUGAGAACCGCUGGGUUUGAGGUGGCCAUGGGUGGGGGGAAGAAAGGGAGGACAUAGGUGUGUGCAUGUGCCAGUGUGUGUGGGAAAAGGGUCUGCCCUUGAUUUUAUUUAAAUAAAAUAGUUUACGUAACAGUAA